AUGGAUUGUUUGCCACGCAACAUCAUCAUCGUUGGUGCGGGCAUUGCGGGCAUCGCAUGUGCACUCUCACUAUAUCGGGAACUGACGCCAUUCGUACCGGACUUAAAUAUCACCAUUUACGAGAGACAUGACAUUUUGUCAACAUCAGGAGGCGCGAUUAACCUGACGCCCGUUGCUCAGCGCCAUCUUGCCCAGCUAGGGGUUUUAGAUGAGCUCAAUCGUAUGGGUGCCGAGGGCGGGGCGGAGGUAAAUGCAAUUGAGCUUUACUCCAUGCGCUCCGGACGUUCCAUUGGCUCAAUUGAUUUUGUUGACCAUGAUGGUAAAGGAUUCGGUGGCUAUAAAGGCCGCAGAGUUAUGCGCAUUAUGAUUUCUAUGGCGAUGAUGACCCUUGUGGAAAGAAAUCCCAAUAUUGAUAUAACAUUCGGGAAAAAGGUGGUCGGCGGCGAAGAGAUGGAUGGAAAAGCAGUCGUGCAUUUUCACGAUGGAUCCGAAGCAGUCGGCGAUUUGGUGAUCGGAUGCGAUGGAGUUCAUUCUGCGGUACGAACUCGCUGGGUCGAUCCAGACAGCCCGUCGCAAUAUACUGGGAUGUCGUUUCUACAAGCCAAUAUUCCUUCAAAUACAAUUUCGUCGCCCAUUCAUUUCAAGUCUUCCGCCUUGAAUAUCUCAAGACAUGGCACAAUGUUGACAAGCUUUUGUGACCGAGACCAGGAGCAGAUAUUCGCAGCCGCGAUUGUACAGUUUGACGAGGAGGAUUUAGGUCUUCAUAAGUUUGAGUAUGGGCAAGACUGGGCUACGCAGAACCGAAUUCGAUGUGCUCUGCGUCAUGAAAUAGAGGAUCGAUUUUCCAAGUCGGCAAUUCCUUGCAUUAAAGAGAUAGCACAAAGCAAGUCAGACUGGAUGUUGUAUCCUGUAUAUCAAGUUCCACCAGGAGGACGAUGGUGCAUGAAUCGUGUUAUACUGCUGGGAGAUGCAGCUCAUGCUAUGCCCCCACGCGAUGAGUCUGCAGCUUAUGCUCUGGAUGAUGCAAUUUUGUUCUCCCGAUUGCUUGUUCGUUAUCGAUCAGAGCCUUUGUUUGAAGUAUUUGAUGCUUACGAACGUCUCCGCCGCGACACAAUUAAUCGUGCCUUCAAAGAGUCUGGCCAUAUGUGGGACAAAAAUCGAGAUAUGGGAUUUUUGGAGGGAAGACUUAAAGAAUGGAUGAUGCCAUUGCGUCUAAGAAGUCAUCGAGAUGAACGCGAGGCGGCGUGGGAAUUUGAUGCAAGCAAGAUCACCCUUCCUACCCCCGCUCCCAGCGAUGACCUGGUGAGCUUGCAUUCAUUUUUGAAAGAACGCGCUGUAUGA